AUGAAUCAGAGCAACAUUAACGACACAUUAAUGGACACUGAUGACAACAUCCAUAAGGCUUAUAAUGGAACAGAAGAUGCAAACAUCAAUGAGCUUUAUCUUAAAAUAGUAAAGGUUUCAACAUGGCUGAUCAUCACCAUCGGUCUCGUCCUGACGCCCGUCGCCAUCUUUGCUGUUUCCUCUCUGGUGAAGAAAGACAACGUUGCUCCGAUCUUCGUCAUCAACCUCCUGGUUUCUGACGUCAUUCAGCUCUGUGGCAUGAUAAUGAAGGAGACAGGACAAGAAACUGUCUUUAUUACUGCUGAUUGCAUGUACACCUUCGGUCUUUCAGCCAGUGUGGGCUUCAUGCUGUGCAUCGCUCUGGAAAGGUAUCUGGUCAUCGUCUGGCCGCUGUGGUACCGAACCAGACGACCAGUCAAGAUGUCGCUGCUGCUCUGUGCUGCGGUCUGGACUCUGGCUUUGGUUCAUGCCUUCAUAUGUUAUUGUAUUUUAUAUGUAUGGGGUAGUUUGUACUUUACCAUCUCUGCCGUCCUCCUCCUCCUCCCGUUCCCUGCGCUCGUGUUCUUCCUGGUUGGGACCCUUAGAGCUUUGUCUGCCUCCAUCAGCGUUCGUGCUGAAGAAAAGAGGAGAAUCGUUGGACUUCUGGUUCUGGUGCUGCUGAUUUACACACUGCUGUUCCUGCCUUCGAUCAUUUUGUUCUUGGUACAACUUUAUGAUUAUAAGCUGAUUGUUGUUGCUAUCAUUUUCAAUAGACUCAAUCCCAUUGCUGACUUGUUCAUGUACGUCUUCCUCAGAAAAGGGGCUGUGAACCAGGUUUGGUUCUGUCUCUGUUGUUGCAGAAAGAACAGAACUAGUCCUCAGUCGUCCAGUGGUUUGAAUGAUUGUGACACAGUCACAGAUUUGUAGACAAUGAAACACUGGGAAAUAUUCUUGGCUUGUAGUUUUCAUCUUUUGUUAAAUAUUUAGUUUUGAUGAGUCCAGAGCUGUAGUAUGUGUUCACGUGUGGAAACAUGUUGUUUAUUCGCUGGACUUUGAGUGUUUUAGCUAAAAUAAAAAGGAACAUUUGUCAUUUUCUUAAUUGAAAACUGAACAGUUUGAUUCGUGCUCUGUCUCUGAUUUAAUCUUUGUCUAAAGUAGAUCAUCAUCAGAAAAUGUCUUUCAGUGAGUGAAGCCCACAAUGAACAUGGUUUAAAUGGAUGUUAAACGUCAACCUGUGUUGUUGAUGUGGAGAAGCUUAAACAUGUGUACAUGUUCUUCCAGAUGUGAUUUCCAGUUUUAGGUUGAUGUUAUUAAUGAUGAGGACGAUGGCGCUGGUGUUAUUUGUUUUUUUUCUAUCUUCUGGCUUUUGGAACGUUGUUGUCUUUGCUGGUGUGACACCUGUUGCGAGCAGUGGUAAUAAAUUCCAGCCCCGUCGCUUCUUCCAGCGCAGCGAACCCGAGUGUAUCCAGUGAUACAUCUGCACUGUACGGUUUUCUGCAUUUGAACUUAUGCCAAGUUUAGUAGGAAAUCUACAGACGUCUUUGUACAUGAGGUCUCUGAAUGAAUGUGAGGGUGGAUUGAGGUGAAUGCAUCCGCUCUGCACUGAUGCUGAUUAGCUCAGAGUUUGCAUGACUUCAUCGCUCUGUCAGAACUAAUAGGACGCAUCAU